CUUUAAUCCCUUCUUCUUCUCCACUUGCUCUCACUUCACUGAAUCUGCUGCCCCUCUUUCUCUCUCUCUCCUUCCCGAUUUACAGCGAAGGCAGAAUGGGUUCAGUUUCUCUGAAAAUCGGAGAUGGAACUGCAAGAUUCAAGAGGGCAUCCGUCUGCUCCUCCGCAGUGAAUCUCCUCAUGCUUUUUUCAGUCAUCACCACAAAUCUCUUCGCUCUCUACGCUUUCACAUACCACCCCACCUCUCUCCACCACCACCACUACCCCAAGAACAUCUCCCUGAUCUCGGAGAAAGUGAGCCUAAUUCUCAGGGAGAUCGAGUCCUCGCAGAAGAAGCUGGCCCAGAUGGAGAAAGAUCUCUUGGGCUACGAAAGCAUCGAUCUUUCGAAGCCCAACAUCGCGAAAGAGCUCAAGGAGUUCCUCACCCGCCACCAGCUGCCGCUGGGGAAGGAUUCGAGGACUGGGAUCACCGAGAUGGUGGCGUCUGUGGGCCAUUCUUGCGAGAAAUCCACCGAUUUGCUGUCUCAAUUCAUGAAUUACAAGGUCAAUGGGCUCUGCCCUGACGACUGGAGCCUUGGCCAGAGGUUAAUUCUUCAAGGGUGUGAGCCCUUGCCGAGGAGGAGAUGCUUUGCCAAGACAAUCCCUAAGGUUGGUUUGCAGCCGUUUCCUGUUUCCCUUUGGAGUAAUGUUAGUGAGAAGUCACUUAGUUGGAGUGGAAUAGGUUGCAAGAAUCUUGCUUGUUUGAAUAGUAAGAAAUUGAACAGGGAUUGUGCUGGUUGUUUUGAUAUAACUCAUGGUUAUGAGGCACAGAGGUAUGUGAAGCCUAGAAGUAAGAAUGAUUUCCACAUUGAUGAUGUGUUGGCUAUGAGUAGCGGUGGGGUUAGGACAAGUUUCGAUCUUGGUGGUGGAUCUGGGACUUUUGCUGCUAGGAUGGCUGAGAGGAAUCUGACUGUGGUGACUGCCACGUUGAACGUGGAUGCCCCGUUUAAUGAGUUCAUUGCUGCUAGGGGGCUUUUCCCCUUGUAUAUCAGCUUGGACGCUAGGUUCCCAUUUUAUGACAAUGUGUUUGAUUUAGUUCAUGUAGCUAAUGGAUUGGAUGUGGGGGGUCGGCCGGAGAAGCUGGAGUUUCUGAUGUUUGAUAUUGAUCGUGUGGUGAGGGCGGGGGGGCUGUUCUGGUUAGACAACUAUUAUUGCUCCAGUGAGGAUAAGAGAAAGGCUCUCACGCGGUUGAUUGAACGAUUUGGUUACAAGAAGUUGAAGUGGGUUGUGGGAGAGAAGGUCAAUGGUGCAGGCAACUCUGAAGUUUACUUGUCCGCUGUGCUGCAGAAACCGGUCAGGUCAUAGGAGUUAGUGAAUGGGGAUAGAUUCAGCUUCGGGAAUGUAGAACUAAGCCAAAAGUACACUAUUUUUCUUGCUCGUGAUUUCUUAAAGAUGUCAAAUAAGUGUAUGGGAAUGGCCGGCAGUUGUUGAUGCUCGCGACUGGAGAAAGGCGCAUUUCUGCAGUAAGUCAUAUAGCGUUUUCGGUUUUCCUAUGCAAUAUUUGCAUCAGUUGGAUAUAUAGAUAGCAAUUUGAUGGAAUUUUGUUAUUCAAUUUUUGUUUGAUGUAGCAAGUUGAAUUUGUUGGCACUGAGUUCAUAAAACUAUCUGCAUAAGUCUUGAUCUGGAACUAGAGAAAUGUCUCUCUUAUUUAUCAGAUAUAUAUAUCUCUUUAAAAACUA